AUGGAUAAGCUUAAGGAAAAAAUCAACAACUUAAAGUUGGAUGCUGAAAAAUGGCAAGAAAAGUCAGAUGAGUUGGCCGAUAAGAUCAAGGAAUUGGAACAAGAAAACUUAGAAAAGGAUCACCAAAUCCAAUCUUUGACCAGAAAGAACCAAGUCUUGGAAGAACAAGUUGAAAAAUUAGAAUCUUCCUUGGAUGAAAUCAAACAAACUGCUGAUGAAUCCCACUCAUUAAAGACCACCAACGAAAACUACACCAAAAAGAACCAAGUUCUUGAAGAUGAUUUGGAAGAAGCCGAUAAGAACUUGAAGGAAACCACUGAAAAGUUGAGAGAAACCGAUAUUAAGGCCGAACAAUUAGAAAGAAAGGUUGCCUCCUUGGAAUCUGAAAAGGAAGAAUGGGAAAAGAAAUUCGAAGAAUUGACUGAACAAUACACCUCAGCCAAGUCCGAAUUAGAUGAAAUCUCUCAACAAUUAGAAGCCAUCUAA